CGGGGAGCGGGCCCGGUGCGGGAUGUGCUCGCUGGACGCCGAGGCCGGGGAAGUGCCGAAGUGGCCUACCGCUGCCGCGACGCCGGCUGCGCCUUCGUCCUCCACGACGCCUGCUACCACCGCCCCAGGAAGACGAAGCACUUCGCGCACUCGUGCUCCGGCCGCCCCCUCACGCUCGCCGACAACCACCCCGUGGCGCCGGACCGCCGCCGGUGCGGCAUCUGCGCCGCGCCCUUCAACGCCGGCGCCUUCGUCUACGGCUGCGGCGAGUGCCACGGCUUCUACGCGCACCCGCGCUGCUGCGGCCUCCCGCAGACGGUGCGCAGCGCGCUCCACUCGCAGCACGCGCUCACGCUGCUCGCGCCGCCGGUGGCCGGAGCGGGUGGCCGCCGCCGCACGUGCCUCAGCACCCAAGGAAACUGCAACAACGCCAGGCGCAACAACGCCGCCGCCUGGUCGUACCGGUGCGACCUGUGCAGAGUCGAGCUCUGCCUCACGUGCCAACUGCCCAACGGCGGCGGCGGCCCAGCCGUGCGCUAGCACAGUUGCUGCGGCGGCGACGCCCUGGAAACCAUGGCGGUGGUGGGGCAGCAGCUGGCGACUAUGACGGGAAACUCACUCCGCGCGUUUUGCUGCGCAUGCAUUGGAACUCCAAUGGCGCCGCCCGCGCCGCCGCCGGCGGCCUCCUAAAAAUCAUCUUAUCAUCAUCUCGUCGUCGCAGGUUUUAGUACCGUCACACCUAAUAAUGUAAGGGCUUAUUUAUUUUACCUUAGAAGUUAGAACAACUAGCAGAGAUUUUAAGUGAAUAGUGUCGUCCUUAACCUGAAUUGUUUUAGUUUAUCUUACCUUUGAAAAAAAGUAUAUCAUCAGUACAUACAUGAUACAUGUAUACAUCAAUUUUCUUAUACAGCGCGCGUACAUAUAUAUAGUACAAUAUGAAGAAAAGUAUGAAUAUUAUUGUUUUAGAAAGAUCCAUAUAUGAUAUGAAUAUAUAUCUGUGUUAUAGAUAUCAGAUUUGCUCCUUGUCAAACGUUUGAAAUU